AUGAGAUUCUCCGUUUAUGUCAUUGCUCUCAUGACUUCGGUCUCAUCCGGGGUCUUGGCCCAGGAUCCAGGUCCAUCUCCUACUGCUUCAGUUGGCUGUGAGCCACACGGAGACCAUUGGCACUGUGAUGGCCCGGCAUCAACAGGUGUGUCAGUUACAUCAACGGCAAGCGAGGUCGAAGCGAGUACCACUGCCCAUGUUACUCCUACAGCCCCUAGCCCUACCGAGUCUGUUGGUUGCGAGCCGCAUGGUGAUCACUGGCACUGUGAUGGACCGGCUGAGACGGCUAGUGCUUCUGCGAGCGGCUCCGCCAGUGCCUCGGCUAGUGCUUCUACGAGUUCCAAAGAUGCGGGAAGUGGCGCUGGUGCCAUUGGUGUGCAGAUGUUCAUGCUGGUUGGAUUGUCUCUUGUCGCUGCUGGUGUGAAUGUUUAA